GUGAAAACCUCGUCAAAGCAUUGCAUUGCUCGAGGCGGGCGGGCGCGCGCGUAGGACCACGCCGGAGCGAGCGUGCCGGGCAUGGCGGCGGCGCCGGCGGCGAAGCCUCACCUGGUGUUCUUCCCGUUCCCCACGCAGGGCCACGUCACCCCGGCGUUGCAGCUCGCAAGGCUCCUCCACCACUGCCACGGCUUCGACGUCACCUUCGUCCACACCGAGCGCAACCGGCUGCGCCUCCUCCGCGCGCGCGGCCCGAGCGCGCUGGCGGGGGCGCCGGGGUUCCGCUUCGCCGCCGUCCCCGACGGCCUGCCCCCGUCCGACGAGGACGCGGCGCGGGACGACGCUGCCGCGCUGCUCCUCUCCCUCCCGACCGUGGUCCCGCAGUUCAAGGAUCUCGUGCUGUCCGAGCUCCCCGCGGCGAGCUGCCGCCGCCUCCUCCUCGUCUCCGACAUCGACCCCAUCCUUCGUGCCGCCCAGGAGAUCGGCCUGCCCUGCGUCACCUUCUGGACCACCAGUGCCAGCUCAUUAAUGGCCAUGCAGCAGAUCCAGCACCUCGUUGCCAAGGGUCUUGUCCCUCUCAAAGAUGCUGAGCAGCUGAGGAAUGGAUACCUGGACAGCACGGUCAUCGACUGGGCACCCGGGUUGCCCAAGGGCAUGCGCCUCAGAGACUUCCCGAGCUUCAUCCGCACCACGGACCCUGAUGACGCCGUGCUCGCCUUGACCCUGCGCUUAACGGAGUGCUACCGCACCGUCCCGUCCGCCGUCGUGUUCCACACCUUCGAGGAGCUUGAGAGCCAGGUCAUCAGUGCCAUGUCGGACAUCCUGCCGCCGAUCUACGCCAUCGGGCCGCUACCGCUUCUCCUCAGGGAAGUUGGCGCCGGCGCUGGCGGUGACCAUGCCGCCAGCAUAUCGGUGGGCUCCAGCCUUUCCAAGGAGGACCGCGCGUGCCUGGACUGGCUCGACGGCAAGCGUCCCAACUCGGUGGUGUUCGCGAGCUUCGGGAGCCUAGUGAAACUGACCUGCGAGCAGCUAGUGGAGCUCGCCUGGGGGCUAGCCAGCAGCGGCUACGACUUCCUGUGGGUGAUCAGGGCCGACCAGCAGGUGACGGGCAGCGCUGCCGGUGCAACCGCCGUCGUCCUGCCGCCGGAGUUCAUGGCGGAGACGGAGGGGCGGGGCCGCGUGACGAGCUGGUGCCCACAGGAGGCGGUGCUCCGGCACGAGGCCGUCGGCGCCUUCCUGACGCACUGCGGGUGGAACUCAAUGCUGGAGAGCGUCUGCGCCGGGGUGCCGAUGUUGUGCUGGCCGUUCGCGGCCGACCAGCAGACCAACAGCAGGAUGGCGUGCACGGAGUGGCGCGUCGGCGUGGAGCUCAGUGAGGACCCCGGGCGGGAGGAGGUGGAGGCGGCGAUACGACAGGUGAUGGGUGGGGGAAGAGGGGAGGAGCUGAGGAGGUCGGUGGCGGAGUGGAAGUAUAAGGCCGCGCUCGCGGCGCGACUAGGUGGCUCUUCCUGGGUAAAUCUUGAGAGGGUGGUCAACGAGGUGCUUGCUCUGGUGGACAAGAAAUGAAUUUGUUGACAUGAUGUUCUUCUUUUCUGAUCAUUGGUGUGUUGCUGUUAAUUUCACCUCAAGAAAAAGUUGGUCUGGAUUUAACUUUUUUUCUUACGAAUAUGCUUAUAACUUGCUCAUUUUCAUGGAUUGUAAAUAAACUCUAUUAUUUCGAAUGUUCCAAAGUUGUAAUAAAUAAAAAUAAAAUUUUACGUAUCAAAAUAUGCGUAGGUUAAUAGAUCCUACUUUUAAAAGCCAAAUUAUUCUUCCGAAAAUAAUGCAGUUUCGUUACUGAUCUUAUCGGAUUCGGAUAACAUGACGAUUUUUAAGGAAUCGUAUACCAUAUUUACCUGUGUAUACUAAGUUGAUUUUGUCCUAACAAAUUGUUCUGAAUCUGUGCACGCAUCUAAUCUCCCUUUCAUCUCCAAAACCAAGACGAAUUAUUGACAUAGACAUGUCCGCGGUCGAUGCUGUAUGCUUGCAUUGUGGUGGCGGUUGCUAGAGGUGGGUGGUCGUCAAGUUGUGCAGGUUCUUGAAUGAAAUCUUGCUCGGAUUUCAACCGUUGACGGUAACAAUGGUGCCAUGGUGCAUCGUUCUCCUUCUUGUGGGUGUCGCUAUGAGACCUCAAACUCCAAGAAUUGCUUCAGGUGAAAAGCGAAGAACUAAAUUAUUGUUGGUUCGGGCGACGGCGGCAUCUUGAUAUUGCUCUCUUAUUGGAGUUCUUGGGAGGGUGUGUUAGAUGGUGUGUGUAUUCGGUUCUUAUCCCGUGUAACAAACCAUGUGCUGUUAGUAGAUUAGUUGUAGGAUAUCUUUUUGUAAUCCUAGAUCUCAGCCAGGUUGUUACACGGGUGCAUCUUGUAAGCCACGGUGGGGGCUAUUCCCAUCCUAUAUUAACACGCACAGCGGCCUCUACGGAGGUUCAACGCUUCCACCAAAUCUCACAUGGUAUCAGAGCCAACUGCCUCUAGAUUGCAUCUAGAAUGGCGACCUCCAACUCUUCCCUUGGUCAGGCCAUCGCCUCACCAUUUGUUCUUCCCGUCACCGAGAAGCUAUCCAAGAAUAAUCUUGGUCUAUGGAAGCUCCAGGUGCUGCCGGCCAUUCGAGGUGCCCUGCUGGAGGGGUUCCUUGAUGGGUCUACUGCGGCACCAUCGAAGGAGAUCGACGUCAAGCACGGCGACAAGACCGUCAAGGAGGCCAACCCGGAGUAUGCCUCAUGGGUGGCCCGCGAUCAGCAGGUGCUGAGCUAUCUGCUCAGCAACAUGACUAGAGACGUCAUGGCGCAAGUCGCCAUGGCAAAAACAGCUGCCGGCCAUGGCAAAAACAGCUGCCGAAUUAUGGGCAGCUAUGGAGGAGAUCUAUUCCUCCCAAAGCCGAGUGCGUUCGGUGAACACCCGCAUCGCGCUCGCCACGACAAAGAAGGGGAACUCCACUGCCUCGGAGUACCUUGCCAAGAUGAAGUCCUAUGCUGAUGAGAUGAAGGACGCCGGGAGACCUCUCGGCGAUGACGAGUUCACAUCAUACAUCUUGACGGGAUUGGAUCAGGAGGAUUAUAAUCCUCUUGUCUCGGCUGUCCUCACCAGGAUCGAGCCGAUCUCCUACACCGAGCUGGUCACCCAGAUCACCAGCUUCGAAGCCCGGUUGGAGAUGCAACGUGGUGGCGGUGGAUCUCAGUCCUCUGUCAACUCAGCCUCGCGAGGACGAGGCGGCUUCACCAGAGGAGGCGGCCGUGGUGGCCGCAAUGGUGGCCGUGGCCGUGGCUCCGGCACUGGAGGCCGGGGUCGUGGCAACGGCAAUGGUGGACAAAAGCAAAGGUACAAUGGCAGGUGUCAAGUCUGCCUCAAGGAGGGACACAGUGCGGUCAACUGUUGGCAUCGCUUCGACCAAGACUAUGUCCCUGAUGAAAGGAACGUCAAUGCUGCCACCAACUCCUACGACAUCGACACGAAUUGGUAUACCGAUACGGGUGCCACUGAUCAUGUGACGGGCGAGCUUGAGAAGCUUUCCACCCACGACAAGUACACUGGAACAGAUCAAAUCCGCACUGCUAGCGGAUCAGGUAUGAACAUUAACCAUAUCGGUCAUGCUAUUGUUCGUACCCCUACUCGCAAUUUGCAUCUAAAUAAUGUUCUUCACGUUCCAGAAGCCAAGAAAAAUCUUGUUUCCGUUCAUCGUCUUGCCAAAGACAAUAAUGCUUUUCUUGAAUUUCAUCCUGAUUCAUUCUUUAUCAAGGAUCAGGCAACGAGGAGAACUCUUUUGGAAGGCAAAUGUAGAUCUGGUCUCUACCCCCUACCGAAGCCAAGCAAAGACGCUUUCAGUGCCGUCAAAGCCUCUACCACGAGAUGGCACAGUCGGCUGGGUCACCCUGCUUUUCCCAUAGUUCAGCGUGUCAUUAGUGAAAAUAAGCUGCCUUGUGCUAGGGAGGUUAAUCAACACUCCAUUUGUAAUGCUUGUCAGCAAGCUAAGAGUCACCAGCUUCCCUACCCCAAGUCAUCCAGCACCUCUAAAUUUCCCUUAGAUUUAAUAUUUUCUGAUGUAUGGGGACCUGCUUCUACUUCGGUUGGGCGAAAUAAAUUUUAUGUGAGCUUUAUUGAUGA